AUGAAGACGGCAUCUGCUGUUGGGGGAAAUCGAGUUAACCGUCUUUUCUUUUUUCUUUUUGUUAAGGAUACUAACUCAGGCGAGCUAUUUUUGGUGGACACUGGAGCCCAAGUCAGUGGAAUCCCACCCAGAGCUAACACCAUAACAGGCAAAUCAGUAUAUACCCUGCGUGCAGCAAACAGUACCAAGAUUGAGACAUAUGGUCAAAUCUCUCUCACACCCAACAUCGGUUUAAGACGAUCGUUCCCGUGGAUGUUCACCGUCGCACAGGUCAAAUUUCGUAUCCUCGGAGCCAACUUCUUAGCCCACUACAAGCUCAUCGUGGACAUGUCUAACCACACCCUAAUCGACCAGACGACGCAACUAACACUUACAGGUAUGAUUUCCACAUAUACAUCCUUUAAGAUCUGUGCCUCACUUCCUGAAAACAACCCACUACAGCACGUCUUAGAUAAAUUCCCUGCGCUUACAACACCUUUCACUUAUACGGAGUCCGUCAAAUACAACACUGAGAAAUCUGUCUCGCAGGAAACGUACGGUAAAAAGAAGCCCAAAGUUACUGAAAGAGACCAAAAAAGGAGAGAAAAAGGGUAA